AUGCCAAAAGAAAACCACCACUUGAAAAAGGAAAGGGCGAGAAGACAAGUGGGUCAAUGGAUCAAAAGCAAAGGAACAAUUCCAAACCAAAGGAAACUACGAUACAGAUGGAAGAAGGAGCGAGCGAAAAGACAAGUUGAAACAGUCACGGAGUCAAGAUUGGAGAUAAGUUCCCGUAAAUCUACUCCUCAGUCCCGCAUCUCAGCUGAAUGGAGUGGUGCGACAGGGGGUCCUCCGGCUGAAGUGGUAUUAAGGUUACAUCCAUCAACAGUAACGUACCCUGGACAGACAACGAGAUAUAACCUUUCCACAACAGAGAUUGAGAGGAGUAAAGUAACUGAUUGUCCACCAGCAGAAGUAGUUUUGCGUCGACACACCUCAAAAUCAGCACCUGAUAUAACAAUCGCCAAUAUGUCCUUAUCAAAUGUCGAUGGCAGUGGCGUGGUUGUAAGAGCCGAGGAGGCAUUAAUAGUUGCCUUCGUUCUCUUACUCUGGGUUGCUGCUAUAGCUCUGUUCUUCAACCGUUGGGGCAAGAUCAGGAUGCUUGAGCCAUAUCAACCCAAAUUCCAACAGCAACAUCGUCAAAGUUGCGUGCUCGCGGAAAAUUCUGUUUCAGUACCCCCUCACCAUCGAGCAUCGCUUUCUCGUGGUUGUGUCUCAUAUGACUAUGGAGGAUCGUUUCCUGCAUAUCAACCUUGUGGAUAUCUUUCACACCGGCCACGACAGAAUUCUGUAUUCGUCGGAAGUAUGGGUGGAAUGACCCUUAUACCGGAGAGUCCACCGCGACGUUCCCGUUCAGCAGCGGACCUGCCAGCCUUGAUUACACCUUCCGACCACAUGCCUCACACGCCGAGAUCAUCAAGGGCAGCAAGCCUCCAUAGUGCAGUAGACCUUAGAGUAUGUGCCCCAUCCCCAAGAACUUCGAGAGCCGCAAGUCUACACUCAGCAGUGGACAUGCCCCAAGGAUCAGUUCAAGUCCACGUUCGAGGUUCAGUGACAAAUUUAAAUAGACCAAGAAGUCCAAGACGAUUGACUAUUACCAAUGUAUAA